UCCACAGUUUGGUCUCUGAUAAACAUUGAUCUGUCAUGGUUUCAUGGUGAGCAGACACUGUUAGCAAUGUUGACGAUACAUAACCCCGUUGUUAAAGUGGAUAUUAUCGUGUAGAGGGAAAAACUACUUUUUAUUGGACGUCGUCAUCACGUUAACUUGCCAGGCAUGUCUCUGAAAGACCUAGUGGAAGCAGACUGCAGCAGAGAAGCUGCUGCAGCAGAAUUUUCAUCACACUUUGUUCAUGAUAAAGCAUUUAGGGAUGCUGGUGUGGAACACCCUUUCCAAGAUGCAGGUGGUAAUAUCUCUAGCGCUGAACAGCUGGUUAAUCAGUUUCUUGCUGAAAGUGCUGCUCACAGUGCUCCAAAAUCAUUCAGAAUGGAUUCUUUGCUGGAAGAAAUGCGGGAGAUUGAAUCUUCUGUCAGUCACCACGCUCCCAUUCAAGCUCCAGGAGUGGCUGUUCUAGCAGCAGCUGAUCCUGUGGGGAUUGCUGGUGAAGAUGUUAUUUGGGCUGAAGAAUUUCUUGCAUCUGAAAAACAAUUGGCAGCAGAUGAUCCUGUGGGGGUUCCUGGUGAAGAUCUUAUUUGGGCUGAACAAUAUCUUGAAUCUGGAAAACAAUUUGAUCAAGAGCCAGAUGGGGAAGCAAUUUGGAGCUCAACAAUAGAAACACUAGAUAAAAUAUUACCAGUUAAUGCCAACAGGAAUGCAGAAGAAUAUGAGCUUGGAUUUGGCCCAAAUUGGAUUGAUGAAUUUUUCAAUGAAUAUGAUCUAAACAUUUAUGAUCCAACAUUCAAGCUACAUGCUACAUCAGAUGAAUUAAAGGAAACUGCUGGCGAACUUAUCAAAAGUGUGAAUGGAACAUCUCUUGAGACUUCAAAGUUUAUGGAAUUUAUGCAACAAGUGAGUGAUGGUGAUAUUGUUUUCCCACCUGCAUCAACAGCUGAUGAUGAAAGUAAGGAAAUUACCUCCAAAGAUUUGGUGGAUAAGUGGACUGCAGAAUUUAUGCAGGAGUUUGGUGGUGAAGGUGGUGAUUUGGAAUUACAGUUCACAGAUUUUGGCCGGAGUGUAAAUGCUCAGGCUUUGUGGAACAAAAUGACAGAACAAUGGGACAGUCUAGAGGCUACAUCAUCGGUGGCAAAAGAAGGAAACAGUGAACAGGAUCCUGAGCAGUUAUACAAAUUUGAUGAGGACAACCCAGUAUCUGGAUGUGAGGAUCCACUUGUUAAAGGAAAGGAGAGAUUAGCAGCAGGGGACCUCAUUGGAGCAAUUCUUUAUUUUGAAGCUGCUUGUCAACAGGAUGAGAAGAAUGCAGAAGCAUGGUUGCUUUUAGGAAAUUCUCAGGCACUCAAUGAACAGGACCCUGCAGCCAUUAUUUGCCUGAUGCAAACAUUAAAGCUGGAUCCCUAUAAUUUAAAUGCUUUGAAAGCUCUUGCAAUCAGUUUGACAAAUGAGAACUACCCUAAUCAUGCCUGUUACAUUCUGGAGAGAUGGCUGUUUGCAAAUCCUAAAUACAAAGACUUAAUUGCAGAUCAGGGUCAGGCACUAGAAGGAAAUGCACAAUCUGAAGAGACAGAAAGAAUGAUGGCUGAUGUUCUUUCAAAGGCUGGCUUGAGAUCAUCCUUUCUAAAAAGCAAUUACUUUGAAAAAGUGAAGAAUCUGUUCAUUGAAGCUGCAAGACGAUAUCCUACCGACGUUGAUGCUGACGUACAGACAUGUUUGGGGAUUCUGUUCAACCUCAGCCAAGAAACUGAUAAAGCUGUUGAUUGUUUCAGAGCAGCACUGCAAGUACGGCAAGAUGAUUUUCAGUUGUGGAACAGUUAUGGGGCAACUCUUGCUAAUGGUGGAAGGAGUGAAGAAGCUGUGCAUGCAUAUCGACGAGCUUUAGAACUGUAUCCAGCCUUUGUUAGAGCAAGAUACAAUGUUGGCAUUACGUGUUGUACUCUUCGGGCUUACAGGGAGGCCGCAGAGCAUUUCCUUGUUUCACUAAAUCAGCAAGCCUCUGUAUCACAGCAACAAAAUUAUCGUGGUGGUAGUGGAACCAUAAUGUCUGAUAAUAUAUGGAAUUCAUUAAGGACUGUCCUUACUCUGAUGGAUGACAAAGAGCUACUGAAAUCAGUGGAGCAAAGGGACCUUGAGAAACUGUCAAAAGCAUUUGAGGUCGAGUAACACAGGUACAGUAAAGUGGAUGCUGGAGAGCUGAGUGGUUGCACAGCCAGCAUAAUGGUUUUCAAUUGAUUCUUAAUGUUCAUGAAUUUGACCUUAAACUACUGUCUUAAUAAGUGUAAUACAGCUAGAGUUGUAUAAUUGGGAAUAAUUGCUAUGUAAAUAAAUAUGAUGUAUAAGUUGAUUGAAUAAAUGCUUAAUAAUUUAGUUCAUUUGUCACUGGUAUAUCGCUUGUUCAUUAUGUGAUACAGUUAAUGCUGUCCAGAAAAAGACAUUGCAGUAUUCAGUCACUACAUACACAUACAAGUGAGAAGUUGAACAUUGUAGUUCAGGUUACAAAUUUGUGUCAUCAUUCAUAUUACAGUAUAUUGAAAUGUAGAACUGGACAAAGCAACUUAGUAAUGUACAUUGGAGGUUAGAGCAAUGAGAAAGGAAUAUCAUUCAUUCUAAGAGGAACUAUGUGUAGUGGAGUUGUAAAUGCUGCAAAAAGAAUGCAAGCAGAUGAUGAUGCUCAUAGCAUUGCAAGUGAAAUAUGUCUGGUUAAUAAUGAAAAUGUUAAAGAAACAAAGGUGGAAACCCAUGAGAUAUUUGUCGAAACUGCUUGUGAGCACAUAAUAUGAGUUAAUAAAGGUUUUAACAUUAAA